AAGAAGGAAAAACCGAACAUGUGUUCGCAUCCAUUGCAAUUUCGCAAAUUCAAUUGCCCCACAAAACCGAUUUGAGCCCUACCCAUAAACUUCUGCUUUCUGGAUCGAGCGUAAUUCUUCAUACUCCCAGAAUGAACAGUUCGAUCCGAUUAAGAAUCAUGAAAAGCAUAAACCGAAGGGUCGAACGCCAACGAAGAGAGACGGAGAUCAGUCCCAAGAUCCAGUUUUUAUCAUACCUUAAACAAGCCGAAGGAUGAUGAGAAAUCUCAGGCCUUUGUCCUCGUUGUCGGUCCGGUUCAGAAAAUAGUCGGCCGCCGGCCGGCCUAACCGGCGUCUGACCUUCUCCGGCUUGGGAUCCAGGUGACUGAAGCUUCCGGUUCUCCGCACCGUAACCCGGCCCAUUUGGGAAUUAUCGGCGCGAGUUGACCGGAUCAUCCGGUGAAACCCGAACUAAUUAAGCGAAACCACGCUCCCUGACCGCUGCCCUAACCGGUCCAUCCGGUUAACCAUCGAUUCUCAUCUCUUCUAUAUAUAAUAGGCUCACGAAACCUCCCCAACUCGGUCCCUGUCUCUCUUUAGCCGCUCGCUCUCUCUCUCUUUCAAAGCACAUCAAGGAUUAAUACAAAGUAAGUCCAAUUCCCUCCCUUUCUCGUCCUAUUCAAUCUUCGUUUUGCUGAAUAGAUUUUGUGUAAUUCAAAGCAGUAGAUUUGGGUUUUGUCACAUGCCGUAUUGCGGUUCAAGGGUCUUCAUUAUUUUGCUUAAUUUCGAAUGAAAGAGAGUUCUUUUUCGGAGUAGCCAUUGGACAUAUGCAAAGUUCUUGAGGGGUCCCGAGUGCACGAGGCUUGCUGCUUUAGGAGGGUCGUAUUUGUAUGUAUCCUCCCCUUCGCCGUUUUUUGCAAAGACGCUCUGUUUCCGCAUAUGUAAAAUUGUUAAGGUAGAAAAAUGACAUCUGGGUUGGAGCCUGUGCAGCUUACUCCGCAGAAGCAUGACCCGGCAUGGAAGCACUGUCAGAUGUUUAAGAAUGGGGAGAAGGUUCAGCUCAAGUGUUUGUACUGUGGGAAAAUCUUUAAGGGUGGUGGGAUUCAUAGAAUUAAGGAGCAUCUUGCUGGGCAGAAGGGUAAUGCGUCGACCUGUCUAAGAGUUCAGCCCGAUGUUCGCCUUCAGAUGCAGGAGAGCUUAAACGGUGUUGUGGCGAAGAAGAGGAAGAAGCAGAAAAUUGUGGAAGAGAUGUCGAAUUUCAAUCCAUCCACUGGUGAGGUAGACGCUUUUACCAAUCAGUGCGGUUUGAAUACUGAAGUUGCAUUGGAUGCUGUUCCUGAAACAGUUGAACCGAGUUCUACUUUCUUGGUGAAUCGAGAAGAAGAGAUGAAUAACAAAGGUGGAGGUAGGAGAAAGAAAGGCAGAAUAAGAAAAGCCUCUCUUUCUGCAAAUCCUAGUUCGAAUGCUUUAAUUACUGUCAGCAAUACUGCAGUUGGUGCAAAAAGGGCAAACAAUCAAGUUAGUAUGGCAGUAGGACGGUUCCUUUAUGAUGUUGGAAUCCCUUUGGAUGCAGCGAAGUCGGUCUAUUUCCAACCAAUGAUUGAUGCCAUUGCUUCUCAAGGAAUGGGAGUCGUAGCUCCCUCUUAUCAUGAUCUUCGCAACUGUAUUUUAAAGAGUUCGCUUCAGGAAGUGAGGAAUGACACUGAUCAAUGUGUGGUGACAUGGGCGAAGACCGGUUGUUCUGUCUUGGUUGAUGAAUGGGUCUCUGAGAAUGGUAGAACGAUAGUGAACUUUUUGGCAUAUUGUCCUGAGGGAAUAACAUUUUUGAGGUCUGUGGAUGUUUCUGACACUAUGAAUUCCCCAGAUGCUCUUUAUGAAUUGCUUAAGGAAGUGGUAGAAGAAGCUGGAAUCAGGAACGUGUUGCAACUGAUCACUCAUUCUGAAGAGCGAUAUUCUGUUGCUGCAAAAAGAUUGACCGAAGCAUUGCCUACUGUUUAUUGGACUCCUUGUGCGGCUCAUUGCAUUUAUUUGAUUCUUGAGGAUUUUAAAAAACUUGACUGGAUAAAUGUAAUAUUCGAGCAAGCUAAAUCCAUGUCAAGAUUUAUAUACAACCACAGUGUUGUAUUGAAUAUGAUGAGAAGGUAUACUUUUGGUGUUGAUUUAGUUGAUGUAGGAGCUACUCACAUUGCAACAGACUUCACAACCUUAAAUAGAAUGGUAAAUAUCAGACACAAUUUGCAAUCAAUGGUUACUUCUGAGGAGUGGAUGGAGUGUCCGUAUUCAAAGAAGCCAGAGGGACUUGCGAUGUUAGAUCAUAUCAGUGGUCAGUCAUUUUGGUCCUCCUGCAUGUUAAUUGUCUGUUUGACCGAUCCACUAUUGCGACUUUUGAGGUUGGUUGGCAGUGAGAAGAGGCCUGCAAUGGGGUAUGUUUAUGCAGGAAUUUAUCGAGCAAAAGAAUCGAUUAAGAAGCAAUUGCCUGAAAGGAAAGAUUAUUUGGUUUAUUGGAAUAUUAUAGAUAAAAGGUGGGGGCAACUACAAAGUCAUCCUCUUCAUGCUGCAGGUUUCUACCUCAAUCCUAAGUUCUUUUUUAGUAUCGAGGGGGAUCUAAACCAUCACAUUAGAUCGUCUGUGUAUGAUUGCAUAGAGAAGUUGGUUCCCGACCCAAAAACCCAGGAUAAGAUAGUGAAAGAGAUAUCCUCCUACCAUAAUGCUGUAGGGGAUUUUGCGCGGAAGAUGGCAAUCAGAGCCAGAGAUACUUUACUCCCUGACGAAUGGUGGUCAACGUAUGGUGGGGGCUGCCCAAAUUUGGCUCGUUUGGCUAUCCGUAUUCUAAGCCAAACCUGCAGUUUGAUGGUGUGUAAGCCAAACUGGAAUACCAUUCGACAAAUGCAUGAAGCAAGGAACUGCCUUGAGAGUCAGAGGCUUACUGACCUUGUUUUUGUUCACUACAACUUGCAAUUGAAACAAAUGGCCCGAAACGAAAAAGAACAGGAUGCAAUCGAUCCCAUUUCCUUGGAUAACAUAAGUAUCGUUGGAGACUGGGUUGUGGCCAAGGAGGGAUGGUCAGAGGGCGUUGGGAACCGGGAUUGGAUGGCAGUUGAUCCGCCCUUGGGCAACACGGUGCUACUGGGACCGUCAACUGAUGAUGUGGAGGAGUUAGGUGCAGGUUUUGAUGACUACGAAAUUUUUCAAGGAGUGAAAUGCGAAGAAGAGGAAAAUGGGGAAGAGAGGACAGGGGAGUGAGCUAGCCCAAUGUAGCAAGCAAAACUCUUUCUUCUUUAUUUGUUAUGCAAUGAUGGGGGGAGGGGAAGGGGUUGUUUUUACUCUCCGGAGAAUGUGCUGCUCCUGCUUAGAAGGUGAGUGUUGCUUUGCAGACUGCAUAGUGGUAUUAUAAACGACGUCGUCCUCCAGUGCAUAAGGCGCCCAACUUUGCCUUUCCAUGCAUGGUAAUAUACCCGGAAAUUGAGUAAGCCCUUUAAAGGAUAAGGAUGCUUGCUUUGCUAGUGUAGUAGUAGUAGUAGUAAUAGUAUGUACAUCAUUAUGGCUAAACACUAUGAAUUUAUGGGCUUCAAUGUUUUUUGGAGUCUCUGCCUGUUGAUGAAGUUCAAGCUCUGAUUAGUAUCUACUUUGGCCACUGGAUCAAAACAUUAUUGGCUAAUGCAUUUUGUACUCUACAUAUCAUCAUAUAAACAUAAGA